AUGCUCUCCCCUGAUACAGCAGCGAAAACGUUUCUCCGCUAGCUGUCUGAUAUCUCUCUCGCAUUCUACCCCCACACCGCCUACUCUUGUUUAGGUUGCAGAAGGGCUCCUCCUCCUCUUCCAUCCUCAGGGACACUCCCCUUCCCCGCAGAUCCAGGUUCGGCAAGUCGUCUAACCCUCUUGCAAAUAGGAUGCUGUACACGGUUCACUCUCGGACAGUUACGAUGUUUCUCUUGGUGAUCUGCUCGAUCAUCGGACUCUCAUCAGCAUUCUCGAAUAUUCCUCUCCUCAAACACGGAAGAGGACUCAACCUGCACACUACCGCAUUGCGCUCUCGCCAAGCUGCGUUUCAGUUGGAUACAGCCAAGGAGUCGAGCAUGAAGCCGCUGAAUGGGAACUUGUUGUCAAAAGUCAAGAACCAUGCCAAGACAUGGGCGAAGCUGUUCAAGUCUGCUCUUCUUGCACUAGUCUUCUUGUUCGGAAGCUCUGGGGUACUCCUCGGCUCUCCAAGUGUCUCCCAUGCUGCCAUCGAGGGCAAAAGCCACAUUGACGCCAUGAUGAUCAAGAAGAGACAAAGCCAGAGCAAGGCAGGAAAGAAGCUGCUGCUCAUAGAAGCUGAGAUGUCUCACAUCCUACACGAGACCUUCAACAAGUGGGACCCUGAGGGUACCGGCGCCAUCUCUCGUGAGGACCUUCGAAGUGCCCUGCUGUACCUCGAAGAGGAGAAGUACAUCGAGCGCCUGAUGACGAUGGAGGAGAUGGAUGCGUUCCUGGUGGAGAUGGACGCCGACGGCGACGGCAUGAUCCAGUUCGACGAGUUCAAGAACGCCGUCGAAGUGGUUGAGACGUCGGAGGGAGGAUGGCACAAGGUGACCAGAGCUGACAUCAUGAAGCAUGAAGUUCACGAGUACGGAGAGAAGUGGAAGAGCAAGCAUCCCGCCGGCGUCCACUCCCUGUUCCAGACCAUGGAGGUGCUCUCUGGAUUUUUCUCGGUGCUGGUUGUCAUCAUACUGCCCAUCUACUUUGUCUUUCCGUGGGAGCUCUUCAAGCGGACUGCCCACAUCAAGAUCCCCGAAAUGAUCACUAUCAAGAACUGCACAUACCAUACAAGUGGAUAUGACUACACUGAAGUCGGUCUGUCGAUCGCAUGUUCAGCCCUACUUCGCAUGAUUGAAAAGCACUCUUCAUGUACUCCGAGCAUACGAAACUGGGAGCACACAGGACCGGAUACAUCUCUCAUGUCAUCAUCCACCGGAACAUCGCUGUUCUUCGUGAAGCCGGCAACAAGGGUCGUGCUCCUGUGCGCACCGCAGAUGAGGAAGCUCGGCGAGAAAGUUGUACAACACACUAGAGGGGUCACGCUGGGAACCAUCUCAUGGAAGAAAUUCCCAGACGGGUUCCCCAAUAUUUUUGUACACGAUGUUGAGUCGAUCAAGGGAUGCCAUGUUGUGUUCUUGUGCUGUUUCAGCAACGCCGGCGAGAUUUUCGAGCAGAUGAGUGUACUUUGCUCCUUGCCGCAAUACGCUCCCCACAGCAUCAAGAUCAUCCUCCCAUUCUUUCCGGUGGGCACCAUGGAGCGAGUGGAUCAGGAAGGGGAGAUAGCAACAGCGAGGACUCUUGCUAGGAUUCUCUCGUCGGUCCCUCCAUGUCGUGGAGGACCCAUGGAUCUUGUAAUCUACGAUAUACACGCGCUACAGGAGCGAUUCUACUUCGGGGACAACGUUAUACCUGUCUUGGAGAGGAUUCUGACCAAGAUCGUCUCUCUCAGCGGGGUCACGCUGCUCCUACAAAAACUUGAGGCCGAGGCCCUCGAGAGGUUUGACACAACGAACAACAAGCCUCAUUACUGGACAAUUGCCUUCCCUGACAUGGGAGCAUACAUGAGAUAUCACAGCAUGUUCAAGUCUUUCGAUACCGUGAUCUGCAUGAAAGUUCGCACUGGCGACGAGAGAAAAAUCACCGUCAAAGAAGGGAAUGCCAAGGGAAAGCAUUGCGUACUUGUUGAUGACCUGAUACAAUCUGGUGGAACUUUGAUUGAGUGCGGCAAGGCGUUGCUGGAGUUGGGAGCUGUAUCAGUCAGCGCCUUCUGCACGCAUGCAGUUUUCCCCAACGCCGCAUACCGAAAGUUCCUCGGCGGCCCCUUUCAGAAGGUUUGGAUCACAGAUUCUUGCCCUUUGCAGGCGGAGCUUGUGAACGGCAAGGGGCCGUUUGAAGUCCUUUCUCUCGCUCCUCUCAUCGCUAACGUCAUCGACAUGGAGCCUUCCAAGGAGCAGCACGGACCUCGAUUGUCCCGUCUCUAG